ACACAGGCGACUAUCUUGACGGUGCUUAGUGUGUCUCGGAGGUCAACAUGGAAAAAUAAGGUUAUAUUGCUCAGCUAGAUAGCGUAUUGAUGCAGUGAUCGGAUGUCGUCAUGGGAAGCAAAGUGAGUGGCAAGAUGGCAGCUGCCAGUCGGGUCGUACAGGUUGUACGACCUCAUGCUCCUUUAAUUAAAUUUCCAGAUCGAAACGUCGUUCCUAGGCCGAAUGUACAAGAAGCACUGAAGGUGCUUUCAGCCAGUCUCCCACAGAUCUCCCCAUCCGCACCUCCUCCUGCAACGUCAAUAUCACCUCCACCCAGACCACCGGCACCCAUCAACCGACUGGCGGGAACCCCUGACAGUGUCUCUGUUGUUAAAGAUUUCCCUCAGAGAUACCGCAGAAGAACCCUUGCAUUAGAUGAAAUGGACUACAUCCAGCGAGGCGGACCAGAGUGACUCGUCUGGUCCAGUUUAUUCAGACUCCUUAUUUGUGGAAAUCUGACGACUUGCUUUUUUUUUUUUCUCAGUACAAGAGGAGUUCAUAAUGUCAUCUAAAUAAAUUAUAGUUAUAUUGUACAUACAGAUUAUCAUUUGACAUUUGCUCUGUAUUUACAUUAAAAUGCAAAACUCUUUGCCUUCCUAUUCUUCAAUCCAUCUGUGUUGUAUUGGCCACUCUGUCCAGCACCUCUUCUGACCAUCAUGAACAGUUGAUGAACUUCAUUAUGUAUUCUGGAUUCAGAGAAAAGCAUUCAGUGCCA